AUGUCUACUAACUAUCUUUCGAUUCAAACCAUAGUUAGCCACUUAAAGCACUGCUCUAAGCUGAAACAGCUGCAGUCCUUAUAUGCUACCAUGUUCAAAACCAAUACAAACCAAGAUUGUUUCUUGAUGAACCAAUUUAUAUCAGCUUGUUCUACUUGUGACCGUAUAGAUUAUGCAGUUUUAGCCUAUACCGAGAUGAAAAAUCCGAAUGUUUUUGUCUAUAAUGCAAUGAUUAAAGGAUUUGUUCAAUGCUAUCAACCAAUUAAGGCUCUUGAAUUGUACAUUCACAUGUUAAGAGCUAAUGUAUCUCCUACGAGUUAUACUUUUCCUUCGUUAACUAAAGCUUGUAGCUUGGUAUCUCAAUUGAGGUUUGGAGAAGCUGUUCAUUGUCACGUUUGGAGAAAUGGGUUUGAUUCAGAUGUGUUUAUUCAAACUUCUUUGGUUGACUUUUAUUCAAGUAUGGGUAGAAUUGUUGAAUCUACAAGGGUGUUUGAUGAAAUGCCUGAAAGAGAUGUCUUUGCCUGGACUACAAUGAUUUCUGGUCUUGUGCGGGCGAGGGAUAUGAGUUCUGCUAGGAGAUUGUUUGAUAUGAUGCCUGGCAGAAAUAUAGCUACUUGGAAUACUUUGAUUGAUGGGUAUGCAAGAUUGAGAGAUGUGGAUGCAGCAGAGUUGUUGUUUGAUCAAAUGCAUGCAAGAGAUAUUAUUUCAUGGACAACAAUGAUCAAUUGUUAUUCUCGGAAUGAGAGAUUUAGAGAAGCAUUGGGGGUUUUUAAUGAGAUGGGAAAAUAUGGGAUUAGCCCAGAUGAAGUGACCAUGGCAACUGUGAUUUCAGCUUGUGGUCAUCUUGGAGCCCUUGACUUAGGGAAGGAGAUACAUUACUACGUAAUGCAGAAUGGAUUUAACCUUGAUGUCUAUAUAGGGUCUGCAUUGAUCGAUAUGUAUGCUAAGUGUGGAAGUCUAGAUAAGUCCCUUUUGAUGUUCUUCAAGUUGCGAGAGAAGAACUUGUUCUGUUGGAAUUCACUGAUUGAAGGGCUUGCUGUUCAUGGAUUUGCAGAAGAAGCACUGGCAAUGUUUGACAAGAUGGUGAGGGAGAAAAUUAAGCCAAAUGGGGUUACAUUUAUUAGUGUUUUAAGUGCCUGCACUCAUGCAGGACUUAUUGAAGAAGGUCGUCAGAGGUUUGAGAGGAUGACACGAGAUCAUUUAAUCCCUCCCGAAGUUGAACAUUAUGGAUGCAUGGUUGAUCUCUUGAGCAAAGCUGGCUUGCUCGAAGAAGCACUGGAUUUGAUAAGAACAAUGAAGUUGAAACCUAAUGCUGUUAUCUGGGGUGCUUUGCUAAGUGGAUGUAAGCUUCACAGGAACUUGGAGAUUGCUCAGGUUGCUGUUAAUAAUUUGAUGGUUUUAGAGCCUGGCAACAGUGGGUAUUACACUCUUUUGGUUAACAUGAAUGCUGAAGUUAAUAGAUGGGGUGAGGCUGCAAAGAUCAGGUUAACCAUGAAAGAUCAGGGGGUAGAAAAAGAUGUCCUGGGUCCAGUUGGAUUGAGAUGGAAAGUCAAGUUCAUCAAUUUGCAGCAUCUGAUAAAUCUCAUAUGGCUUCCGAUGAGAUUUACCCCUUACUGGCUGAAUUAG